AUUGGCGACGAUGUUAUAUCGAGGGGUGGAAUGACUACCUCAUCAUGGGAAAAAGAUAAAUAUCUACAUCAUUUUAAGUAAACAAAGAUUCCAGUAUGGAUACAAACAUUGUCCCAAUCUGUUAAGAUUUUCCUUUGUGGCCAUGAAGGUGUUUGUUUGUGUACGGAUCUGCCAAGACCUCAGCGUCCUGGAGCCACGUUUGGACAAGUGAACUAACCCUUCUGAACCGCCUGCAUUCAUUUGCCUUCGCUUGCUUCUACCACACACACACACACACACCCAUACACACCCAUCCACCAGAGAAGAUGAACAGCUCUCCGAAAUUAGCCGGGGAGACCCUCAUCGUCCACCACAUCCCGCUGGUGCACUGCCAGGUGUCCGGCGGGCGGCAGUGCUGCGGCUCUCUGAAGCGGGGCAACCCCUUCAGCCCGCCCGAGAACCUGGGCCUGAGCCGCACCACCUCGCUGCCCGAGCGCGACGUCCUGCUGCACGAGCCGCUGGUCUACAGCAGCCUCAUCCAGACGUCCAGCAGCAGCAGCAGCAACGGCAGCCAGAGCUCUAACGACACAGGGCCCGGCGAGGGGGUGGGGGUGGGGGUGGGUGAACGAAGAGGACGAGGAGGAGGAGGAGGAAGAGGAGGACAGGGUAGCGGUGGGAGCGUGACCAGUGAUGCCUCCUUCACGUCAAGCAACUCUGAAGAGCUUUCCCACCGGCAUGAGGGUUCCGGGUUCAAGCAGAGGGACAGGAGCAGCCGUCUGCGCCACAACCCUUUCCUCCUGAACAGGGAGGAGGAAGAGGAGGAAGAGGAGGAGGAGGAGGAGGAUGGGGACAACCUGAACGGCUACCUGGAGGAUUCGUCCUUCCACCUGCACGGUAGCACCAAUGACGCCCUCAACAACGAUACGGGGAUGGGGCCUCCCUUUCACCUCCAUGACCUGGACUACCACCCCGAGCCUUUCCUCCUACACGGCAACCAUGGGAAGCCCUGGUACUCUUCCUCAGGAGGAGGAGGAGGGUCCAGGAGGCUGACCCGGAGCAGUGAUGGCAGCCGGGGAGGGAGCUUCGAGUUCCCCUCUUCGGCUCUGGACGGCCUUGGCCUCCUGGCGCUGGGCAGUCAGCGUCGCCACGGCAGCAGCGGCUCCACCCUUUCCAUGGACUGCGGCGAGCACGACUGGGGAGAGGAGGAGGAGGAGGAGGAGGAGGAGGACGAUGAAGAUCAGCCCAUGCGGAGUGGGCGCAGCUCCAGUGGCUCCUGUGGCCUGGCCCAGCGCUGCUCCUGCUGCAGCCUCUCGCAGCCACCCUACCCGGAGCCCUUCACCGACGCCUUCCCCGACUGCUACCCGCUGGGCUACGCCAGCGACUCCUCCUGCAACAGCUCUGAUGGUGUACUGGUCAACUUCAGCACCAUCUACAACAAGAUGAACAACGUUGCUGUGGUGCCCCCCACCAGCACCACCACCACCACCAAACCCCACCUGAACCUCAACAGCUCCUCCGAGCCGUCCUGCACCUCCCUGGUGUCCGAGCUGGCCCCGGGGGGCAGUGUCGGGGUGGAGUGCACACGCGGCAGCGGGGCCUUCUACCUGGACCUGCACACCUCACCCACUGACCCCCCCAAGGCAGGCCAUGUGGGAGGGGCCCCCGUCCUCCACGACCCGGCGGCCACGUCCGCCUCGUCUCACAGCUGCCUCGGCCUGUCCCAACAGCAGCAGCUGGACGCCAUGGAGCUGGACGCCAACUGCAACUCCUACCACCACCACCUCCAGCAGCCGGGCGGCGAGCAUGCCCUCUCCCUGGUGGAGGCCUCUGCUGAGGGCGACGCCACUGCCCAGCACCAGAGCCAGGCCAGGCUGGUGGUGGCCACACAGAACUACUACAAGCUGGUGACCUGUGACCUGUCCUCGCAGUCCUCCCCCAGUCCCGCAGGGUCCUCUGUCACAAGCUGCUCUGACGAGCACAGUAAAGGCAGCCCCACCCAGCCCGCUGAGUAUUACCUCUUCAGACAGCACAAGGAGGAGGAGGAGGAAGAGGAGGAGGAAGAGGAGGAGCGGGAGGAGGAGUUCAGAAUCUGCCAGGGGGAGGCCCAGUCAGACGAGAAGAGGCAACCAAAGAUGGGUACAUCGGCCUCCGACCAGAAUAUUAUCGAGGGCCAGGUGUACGUCAACAUCUCUCCACCUAUCGGCCAACUGGCCAGUGGGGCGGUGGGUCGCCCUCGCUCCCGCAGCUAUGACCGCAACCUAGACAAGUCGCCGUCAUCCCGCAUGGGGUCACUGGAGCGCAUGCUCAGCUGCCCGAUGCGUCUGAGCGAGGGCGCCACGCCAAGCCCCGCCCCCCCACCCCGUGUCACCUCGUUCGCCGAGAUUGCACGCAACAAGAGGAGGACCGUCGGGGGAGCGGGGGGAGCCGGGGGAGCCGGAGGCUCUCCUUGCCUGAGAACGGGGGCCGAGGCCUCCACGGCGCAUUCCACACACUCCCAGUCUUCGUGCGAAUUCUCCCCCAUCCUGGAGGGCCAGAGCCACAGCCUGCCCCCACUCACCCACUGCUACAGUCAGGGCAGUUGCGACACUUCCCCACCCGGCCACAGGAGCGGCACACUAAGAGACUCACCUGGAGGACGAGAGGCUCGCACCAAAGCUGAAGGAGGUUUGUCGUCGUCCACGGACGGCUGCCCCGUGGUGGUGCGCUACAGUAUAGACCAGCGGCCCACCACGCUGCCCAUCCAGCCCUUCACCUUCCAGCACCAGUUCCAGAAGACCCAGAAGCCCCUGCUGCCGCUGCUCAGCGAGUACAUGAGCCACAUGCAGGCGCGCGGCGCCGCCCCACCCGAGGGUGGCGAGGACGAGGCGGCCGAGGACCAGCGGCAGCAGCAGCAGCAGCAGGGGCACCCGCGGCACCAGCAGGCCCACCACGAGGCGCCCACCUCCGUCCGGCCCUCCCCGCUGGGGAGCUACUCGCCCGUGCGGCUGCAGGGAGCGCCCAGCGUCAGCAGCUGCUCCACCUGCAGCCCCAGUCCCGAGUGCUGCAGCGUCACCUCUGCCGCUGGGCGGUGCAGGCCCCCGCGCAGUCUCUCCUGCCCCAUCUCCACCGGCCUCCUGCCCGCCACCCUCAGCCACAGUCCACCUGGCACCGCCGUCGCCGCUGGCACCCAGGCCAAACGUGCGGCCUUAGUGCCCACCCCUCCUACGGCACCUGCGGUGAAGAAGAGCCCUGUGUCCGCUGGCUCUCUGCUGGGCAGAGCGGGCGGCUGCAUCCAUCGUGCCAGCCUGCCACCCCUGUCGUCCUUGCCCUCUCUGCCCAGCUCUGGCAUGGGCACACUGGAGUCCCUGGAGAGGAAUCAGCAUGAGAGCAUCAAGAACAUCAUGCCAACCUAUGGAGCUGCCCGCCCAGCCAACGCGCACCACCUGUCCCCCCAGGCGCUCAAGUGGAGGGAGUACCGUCGUAAGAACCCUCUCGGGGUGGACAGGGGCCCGUCCGGCUCGCCCGCCUCCCUGGCCAGCAGCCUGGACACCAGGAGGGGGUGCGGCGGCGGCAGUCGGCUGACCCGCCGAAAUGUCUUUGACUUCCCGCCGGCCGCUCAAGCCCUGAGCCGACUCAACGCUCACUCGAUGAGGCAGUUCCAGCAGUGCUACAGCGACUUCCUCCCUGAUUACUUCUCCCAGACAGAACGCCCUCCUGAGGAGUUCUGUCUGUCUCCAGACGGAUCCUCUGACGAGUCGUCCAUCUCUGUGGACCUUCUUCAAAAGAGAGGUCUGGUGAAGGCUAUUAACACUGCAGUGGAUCUUAUCGUGGCACAUUUUGGAACCAGUCGAGACCCAGGAGUAAAGGCCAAGUUGGGGAACAGCUCCGUCAGCCCCAACGUGGGACACCUGAUUCUGAAGUACCUGUGUCCGGCCAUCCGAGAAAUACUACAGGACGGCCUGAGGUCCUAUGUGCUGGACCUGAUCAUCGGCCAGCGUCGGAACCAGCCCUGGAGUGUGGUGGAAGCCUCGACCCAGCUGGGGCCGUCUACACGAGUGCUGCACAGCCUCGUCACCAAAGUCAGCCAGUACUCGGAGCUCACCAGUCACAGCAUGAGGCUCAACGCAUUCAUCUUCGGCCUUCUGAACUUGCGAUCUCUGGAGUUCUGGUUCAAUCAUAUCUAUACACAUGAAGAUGUUGUGGCAGCCCACUAUCACCCGUGGGGUUUCCUGACCCUGUCGCAGGGGGCGUGCCAGUCCCUGUUUGAGGAGCUGCUGCUCCUCCUACAGCCGCUGUCGCUGCUGCCCUUUGACCUGGACCUCCUGUUUGAGCCGCACCUCCUGCAGAAGGGCCAGGAGCACCUCCGCCGCAAAGAGCAGCUGUGUUCCGCUGGACAGGGCCUCGACCAGUCGGCCCGCUCCACCUUCCAGCUAAUGCGGGGCAGAAGUGUGCCGGGGGCCGAGCCAAUCAGCGAGGAGGAGGCAGGGACGGGGACAGGCCACCUGAGGGAGAGCGCGUCACUCAGCCAGGAAGGGCUGUGGCCGAGAGCGAGGAGCGGAGCGGCCAAGAGGUGCUCGUCAGAGCCGCGGCGCCUGGGGUCGGGCAGCGAGGAACCAAGAGCAGCUAAGCCGGCAGCAGCGGCUAACGAUGACAUGGAUCUGUGGAGGCGCGGAGAGGCUGGCCGGAGAGGGUCGUCGAGAGCCGGGGAGAGGAUGAAGGGAGUCGGGGGAGAGUGGCCGGACGCGGAGCCCUCCUCGCAGGCGUCGGUGGCCGCAGGGGCCGGGGCAGUGGACGGGGCCAGGCAGAGGAGCAGGCAGGCCGGCUGGUGGUACCAGCUCAUGCAGAGCUCGCAGGUCUACAUCGACAACUCGGCCGAGGGCUCCAAGUUCGUCAAGUGGGAGAAGAGGAAGAAGUCGUCGGGCAGCGGGGACGGCCGCCGACAGAGCCACCCGCCGGCCCGCGAGGGGGUCGUGGAGGGGGCCGAGGCCAGCCAGCCAGCCCUGGAGGAAGAGGGGGAGCGGAGACGGAGCACCAGGACCAGCGGCAGCGGCAGCGGCAGCAAUGCUAGCAGCCACAGCAGCCAGUCCACGGAGUCCAAGAGAGUCACCAAAGGCAGGUCCACGUGGAUGGGCAGUCCGCCAGAGUCGGUGCUGACCGAGCUGAAGAAGAGCCAGCACGAGGAGCCAGAGGGACAGGAGGCCCCGGCGGUGGCAGCGGCCACUGCAAACGGCCCCCCAGUGGGAGCAGCGGAGGAGAGUCCAGCCCAGGGGAUGCGCUGGGGGAGGCUGUUUGGAGCCAGCACUAGCACCAAGGCUGAGAGGGCCGAGCAGAAAUCUGCCAGGUGCCCCAAGAACAGACCCAGACCAUCAGGUUGGCUCAGUUUAGACAGGUCAGUCCUGGGUCUGGUGGCCCAGACGGUAGGUGCAGCAAGACGGACAGAUAUUCCAGCAGAUCUGACCUCUGCGUCUCACAGUGAAGGACGCUCUGCAGAGCAACAAGCACAAGCUCCAUCUGUGGAACAGAAAGCUCCAUGUGAGGUGCGGGCUCUCUGCCAUCACGUGGCGUCUGACCCUGGCCACCUGAGCUUCCACAAGGGGGACGUGCUGCAGGUGCUGAGCCGUGCUGACCAGGACUGGCUGCUGUGCUCCCUGGGGGACAUCCGGGGCCUGGUGCCCAUCAUCUACGUCACCCUCAAUGACCAGAGCCAGAGCCAGGGUCAGGGCCCACAGCUGUCUCACUGAGGGCCGGGCACCAGGGGCCCAGGGGUCAUGGGUGUUUAUGGCUGAGGGCUGAUGCGGAGGUGGACCAUGGAAGGGAAAGGAUGGGAUGUUCAUAUAGACACACACACACACACACACACACACACACACACACACACACACACACACACACACACACACACACAUACACACACACAUAUGAACACACUGGAGUGUAACAGAGCUGAAGAAGAAUUGGAGUCCACUAUGACUAAAGCACCAUUGCUGUUAUGGAAAAAAUAUUCGCAUGUACUAGCACAGGCAUAUGCACAGGCAUGUGCACAGUCAAACACACACACACACACACACACACACACACAUUCUCAAACACCUCAAACACACAAAUGCAUACACAUUAAUACACACAGUAUUGAAUUGUGUGCAACAUACCCUGACCGGAGCAGAAGUAUUGUCCUGUGCAGAGAGCCUAAGGACAUUUCACAGAGGCCAUCUCCAUCGGCAUCAUGCUUUGUCAUGCUUUGUGUAAAAAAAGAAGGUCCCUUGCUUUGCCACUUCCCUGGUGUGAAACCGUCUGAAACCUGACAACAAUCAAUUCAUCAACUACCAGGACUUACUGAAGUCGUGCAGGACAUCGAGGGUACAGUUCAUAGCAAAGCAUCCACCAUCAGGUGUAAAAUGGAGACUUUUGAUUGACUGUGUGUAUAGAUUGACUGAAACCCUGUUUGGGAAGAAAGAAAGCCUUUAAUUUAUUAUGGACUGCAUUAUCGAUCGAACAUUAUUCUAAAAAAAAUGUAGAUGCAUAACAUUUUGUGACUGUCAAAGUGUCCGUGCAUUGAUGUCUCUCAGAGGAUUUAGCAACAUCACUGGGGUUCCCUCCAUGCAUGCCAAAGCAAUGAAGGGAUUAACAGUUCAGUCAAGCUGGGAUAAAAAGAAAACUAUUAUUGAUGAAUUAUGUUGACACUAGUCAGUUGAGCUAUUUGAAGGUACUAGGUUUGGUCUGGUGACUCGAGUAAAUCAAUUAUGAGGAGCCAGACCAUGGAGAAGGACACAUCCACACACACACAGACAUUUCGCCCGCCAUUUUAUCGUACAACAAAACCAAGGUAGCAAACAGAUCAUACCUCCUCUGCCUUAAGACGACCGGACUCCCCUUCCUUACUCAUCCGUGGUCCCCAUGGCAACAUUUCCUUUCGGCAGAUUGGAGGAGAGCCCUCGUUGGACAGAUGGAUACAAGCCCCUCCCCUCUGACCCACUGCCACCUCAUAAUUGGGUGCUUGCGUAUCCAAUUUUUUAUGCAUGUGAUCCUACGCCAAUAUUGUUUCUCUGAUGCUUGUACCUGUCUUGCACCCUUUGUGCACUCCUCAAACUCAAUGGCACCACAGCUGGGAGAACGUAGAGAUGGAAGGGAUUCUGUCACUAAUAACAGAACUACUAAAACAAAGCAGCUUUGCUAGUGUAGAAAGCAGUAUUAGCUUGUUUCAGUGGAUAGGACGGUUUUGUUGUUUUAGUAUUUAUUUGGCGAGUUGGUCAGUAGCAAGCUGUGCGUGGAUGCCCAGUUUGAGGCAGUGGCCCUGUCCUUUAUACCUCUCGGUUGUGAUGGAAGCCAACAGCUCUUUGAUCGUCAGCGUGCCCUUGCCAAUGUCUAGCACACUUUCUAUUGGCAACAUAUUUCAUACAGAAUAAUGUUAUUCCAUUAUUAGUUAUGGUAUGCAUUAUCAUCACAGUGGUAUACAGUAUAGCCCAUGUAUCGAAAUAUCAUGCUUGUGACAAAGGGUCUGAACCAAUGACUGGAUGUUUUACAGUCAUUGUUCUGUAACAGAAUCUGUACAGUAUAUGGACCCAGUUGGUGGCUAAAGUUAUGAAUGAAUGAAUAUUGAGAGAUUAUUAGAUAUUUAUUUUUUUGUAGUUUGUUUGUUUGUUUGUCCCCCCCCCCUUUUAUGUUGUCGCCACACCCCAAGAAUGAACAGAUAGAGAAAGGUAAAUAAUAUAUGAAUGGACAAGUGCCAUAUGAAGGAUGUAUGCCACAUUUAAGUGGUGCUUUACUGGGCAUUUAUGAUCCAUGUUUAAAUAUGUACAUUGACUUGAUAGCAUUGAGUGGCCUUAGAUUUGGAAUGUGUCUAUUUCUCUAUCACUAAUCGUUUAUUAAUGGGGUGGAGCUUAGUUAUUCUGUUGCUCUACCAGAGGCUAAGCUAAUAUAAGUACAUAUACUAAUAUAUGUGACUAUGUUUAACCACAUUGAGUUGACAGUCAUUUAAUUUAAUUGAUUUUGUGUUGAUGUACAGUUAUAUUAUUUUUGUAUCUUUUUAGUACGGACAUAAUUUAAUUUGGAUGUUUGUUGUGUUCCAUGUAUUUUAUUUCUCCAUGCGUUUUUAAAGUGAGAGCACCUCUAUGAACAUUGCUCAUGUUAUUGGUCAUUUAUAGCGAAAUACUAACGACAUCACCCAAUGCGCGUGUGUAUAUCAUGUGAUUGUGCCCAAAUCGGAAGUAGGAGUCUACCCGAUGGUUGUCGCUGAAUGGAUAUCUUCUCUGGUGCCGUCUCUCUCUCUCACUGGCUGAGUCGCACCUCGGCCUGCAUCGGCCGAAUCCUCACUGGAGCUGUAUCCCUUUGUCUUCCAGGCACGCUUCGCUGUCCAUCGUCAUCUUGUAGGCUAACGUGUGUCACACACACACACACACACACACACACACACACACACAGAUAGUGUUGGUCAAACGUGGUAGUGGUCGUAGUAGAGAGGCAGAAGAGUGAAGAGAGAGAGAGAGGAAAUGAGUGGGGGAGAGGCGGAGAGAGACGGAAGGACGGAGGAAGGGAAUAAAAGAGUGACAGACUGGUUGAAGAAAGUGAAUUCUUAGAGUGGAAGAGAGAAAGAUGGAAUUGAAAGAUGCUUUGGCAUCCUUUCGGAUUGCCUUUUACAAUGCAGAUGUUCUACACUAAUCAUGAUACCAAUGAAGCUUUUGAGAUUUGAUGUAAAAGAAAAGCACAUUAGUGCCUUUUUUUCUUGAAACAAGAAUAACAUUGCAUGUGGAUUGGCCCACUUCACUGUAAAGUGAAGGAUGUGUUUUUUAGGUCGAAGCUGGUAGCCCAUAGAAAAGCUUAGAAGAAGAAUGAGACAAUUUCCUCCCUCUCUCCUGUUUUUUGCCUAAUUAGUUUCUGUCACUCCUGCUUGUACAUACCAGUACCUCCUGUUGCCCCUCUGUUCUGUCCCUGACCAUGCUGUAUGGUGUCUGAUGGCAUUGCCAACAUAAUAUGGAUAUUAAUAACAAAGUGCUCAUGUGGACACAGUUA